AUGGGUUGCGAACUGGCACUGGACGAGCACGAUCAGCUAAUGAAAGUGGACGAACGAUUUGAAAAGGAACCGGCGAUCGACGACAGGACGAAGACUAACAGAUGGAAGGAGAAAAAAAACUGGGCGACGGUGGACCCGUGGAAGUUUUUGAAAACAAAGCACGAGCUGCCGGCGUCCCGCAUACACUGCAAGCGCUAUUAAAUUCGAUGAGAGUGCUGAAGUUCAGUGGUUAAGCGGUGGCUGGUUUGCUCGUGUCGUUGCGACGAGGCUCCUGCCAGGGAAGCGACGAGGCUCCUGCCAGGAUUGAAGAAAAAAAAUGAUAUGCUUUUUAGCUGAAAUGGACUCAAAUGAAAUCACUUGAUAUCAGAAUCUUUCGGCGAGUCCUCAAAAUGAACUGCAAAAGUAAAAAAAAAAAAGUCGACGACUUUGUUAGAGAUGCUUCGACUCCGUCUCAACGAUUUGGCCAGCAAUCGAAAACUCAUUUUUGGGAACUAAACAUAUGACCAAAGCCUACGACUUGUCGUCGUUGGAGACAAAGGUGGAGAUUACACGAAACUAGCUCUCAUAAUAUUAAAAGUAAAAAAAAAUGUAACUUCCCAAGAAGUUUGUUGAUUCUGGGUGUUAUGAGGGAACAGAAGAAUCCUCAAACCUGUUCAUAGUCUUUGAAGACGUCAUCAGGCAAGUCAACGAACUUCAAGAAACUGAUUUUUCCGCUGACGGAAAUGAUGUGACGAAGAGAGUUUCGAAGCUUCUUACUGGGGACCUCAAGUUCCUUUCCACUAUAGGCGGCCACAGAGGAGCAGCAGCGUCCAACAACUGCGUUUUCUGUCUCCACGUCAACUCGAGAAACCUUCUUAUUUCUAAUUGGAACCCUGCAAAACGUCCUCAACUCCGCACAUUUAGUUCAUAUACUCGCGAUUCUUUGACAGAAGCGAACGGAGUAAAAAGGAUUCUAAAUGCUUGUUCGAAAUUCAAAUGAGCAUUGCUGAGACGCCUGCACAUGACUAUAGGUCUCAUUCCAUAUCCAAUUGACCGCUUACAAGCACAAGCUAAUGAAAUGGAUUCUUCCGAACUGUGUGACCUUUCCUUGAAAAAUCAAAGAGCUAAACUUCAGACUGAAAACAAGUUUUUGCAAACUUCGAAGAAGAGCUUGGCUGAAAAACGUCAACUCAAAAAGGAAAUUACGAAGGUUGCUGUGCUCCCUGCAAAGAGAAACGCUGUGCAGCUGACUCCAACUGUCUUUACCGAGACAAGAGAUUUUCAGUCUCGAAGCCCAAAGAAUCUGACAAACUUUCUUGGGCUCGUGCUGCAAAAAAGACUCACAAUACCUGUGUGGCGGAGUUGGACGCUGGAAGAUGAAGAAAGAAUCACGCACUCACCCUACGAAUGCUUUGAAUGCAGAUCAAAAACUUCCCCAGCCGCAAAAAAAAAGCGGAAAACUGCUGGUUGAGCUGAGCGCUGAAGAAGUUUUGGCCGAUCAGGCAGUUUGUGCACAGGAAUUGAAAAUAAAUGACCUCAACAAAAAAGGUCGACAAGCUUGAAAUUGUAUGAAAUUUACAAGAAAAAUCAUGCGCAGAUUGGGGCCUGGCAUCAAGCUUGGACUGGCAACCAAGUUCAAUGGUUGUUGAUGCACUGUUGGACGCUUUCCCAUCGAACUCCCAGAACGUAGCUUCCAGAAAAUCUUUGUAUGCGCUCUAUCAAGUGCAGAAGCUCGCCAAAGCUGCUUAUCUGAUCGAAGCGACUCGGAAAACAUGUUUGAAAGAAAACGUUGAAAUUUUCAUAGAAAAAAUCAUAAUUGCUUGUCCAGAUCGAACCGUAACUGAAAAACUUCAUAUUCUCUCUUCCCACGUCAUGGACUUCGUUAUGGCUCAUGGAACAUGGGGUCAAUAUUCAGCACCCAAAUUCAUUAAUUAUCAUCCGUUAUGAAUUGCACAAAAAAAUUCUCCAAAAAGAUUCGAACCCUGACCACAGGUUCCACAUGUGAUAUGAUUCUUGCGUGCAAACUUUGAGGGGUCAUAACUCCGCUAAAAGGCAAAAAGCGUAAAUUUUUUUUUCUAGUUCUCGAUUCAGGGGACUUGGAAGUACAUCUCACCAGAGUUUCAUCAAAUUCUCAAACGGUGUCUUUUUGCACUUUCCUUGUCAGACCUACAGGGACCUGUCCGGUUUGCACUGUGCCGUCUCCGCUGGCCAUACAAGAAGAUUUUCGACAAUUUUUUCUAUUUAAUGAAAUGAACAAGGCUAUUUCUAUAUAUGAUUGCGGAAAAAUCCGGACUACUAAAAAUUCUGCUCGCUCUUUCGGAAUGACCUUACGAAAAAGUCGCUCGCUUAAAAUUAGAUAAAGAAAAAGUGAAGAGAAGAGAAGCUCAUUGCGAUAUUUCUAUCAUUUGCAUCCAAUUGAGCGGCUGCCUUAUCCCUCUGGUAAUUUUUUUUAAAAUUUCAUACCUCAUCCUUGUUUGAAAGAUAAGUUACAACACCUAAAUGCAAUUUUGUUUCAAAAAAGCUAUCGGGUCAGCCAAUUUUAAGAGUUAUCGGGUUUUUAUAAUUUAUUCUUCAAAUUUCUCCGGAUCUGGAGCUUGAGAGUCUUUUUCACUUUUUAAGUUCUAUAAUUCUCUUUUUUUAUCCCAGAAAACAUGUCCUUUCGAUUUCUAUUCAUAGCCAUCAUCACUGCGGAUACAUUUUCAGUUGCGUCGGGCGGUAAGUUUCGCCCUUUUCUUCGUAUACACGAAUGAAUAUUGGAUCUGUCAAGAUGGUUCUAAAGUUUUACUGGUGCGUGUAGACCAUUUCGCGUCAGCUUGUCCCGUUUUUCUUCCGAAAAAAGUACCGUAUACCAAUUUUGACGAGACUUCGCCCCAUGACCUUUUUUUGCUUUCUUUUAUCAUACUUUUUUCGGGUGUGUUUUUAAAAUGUAAGCGUCUUGCGCGGAAGUCAAAUGUUUGCCUAACUGUCAAAAUUUUAAGUUGAAUGGUGCAAACGUCCAAUGAUGUGCUAUGCGUCUGGAUGCGCGGUUCCGGACGAAUGCGCUGUUCCCGAUUGUUUCAACACUGAAGCACCCAUCUACGUGGAGAACUUAGCCUCUACUGGGCCGCUCCAUUCUUUUUUAGAAAGAGCUAGGCAGAUCAGUACACUCACAAUAAUUGGAAACGCGAAACCGAUCCUCCCUUAUUAUGUUACUGAAAUAGUUCACGAGGGGACGGGUAAGUUUUUUUUCUCUAUUUUCAAUCGCAAGAUAAAUGGUCAGCAAAGAUGUAUAGCCCUUUCCGCGCCAGAUUGUUACGACUUUAAUUUACCUUCGAGCUGCCGAACCCUUCCGGGCAACUCUGUAGCUGUAGCCCAAAGCUUUCGUAGGUUUAAAGGCGCAUACUUAGAAGCGGAACGCGCUCAGAGAAAAGCUUUCCGGAAGGGUCCUAUUGCUCGGAGAAAAAAAAAAUAAUAAAAAUCGCGGUUAACCUGCGAAUUCUUUCAUCUAUUUCUUUUCUCAAAAAUUGGCAGGUUUUGUAGGGCCGGCAGUCACUCUGAAGAAUGCCAAGUUUUUGCCCAAGUCGUUCAAAAACUUGGAAAAAAUAACGGUUGAUGAUCCGUACUUUUUUUGCGACGUAGAAAAUAAAUUAAUCGACAUCGAAGGGUAUCUUGUUCCAGUGGUGAAAGUUCGUCUGGAGAAAGUAGCGAAUCAAGUGGGUUUUUUUUCUUUUGAAAGUUGAGCUCAAUUGAAAUGGUUUAAUUUCAAUAUCACUAUUUUCUAGCGAUUUAUCCUAGGCUGUCACGUAAGCUUAAAAAAACGUUCUAUUUCCAACCGGUUGCCCCAGGGCUGCACGUCAUCCAGGUCCAUCGCGGGGUGCACCGAAAAAGUCAACGAAAAGUUAACUUUGUUCGGGGUUCACUGCGGAUUACAUCGUCUUUUUCGUUAGCGCAGGGCACGGAGUGUCAAGUAAUAGUCGUACAGAGUGUAUGUUUAAAAGUUGACCAGUAUAGCGAAUUUCAUUGUGAAUUCGUGGAUGUCGUGCAGUGCUGCUGACGGGGCGUCCCGCCCCGCUGAGUAGAUAAGUUGAAAUGAAGUUUAAGUGAAAAAAAUCCGCAGAGUACCGAUUAAUAAAAAAAUCUAUUGGUCGACGAAAAAAAAAUUCAUUCAUAUCAUUGAGUAACUGUGGAGACAUCUUCUAACAGUCCGACCGCUUCGCGGGGCGGGGCGCCCCGACGAGUUGCCCCGGUCUGGUUAGCAGCUCUGAUGUCGUGCUUUGGAAGUUGAAAAAAGUUUCGCAUAAAACUAAUUAUCAUUAAUUAAUCUCAUGUGCAAUUAUUUAAGAUAAGAUUUCAAAAAAUCACAUUAUCCUAAAAAGUAUAGGCUAAAAAAACACCCAGGUGCAGUUCAAUCUAAUUUUUCCAGACUUCUCUGGCAGAUAGCCGUAAGGGAAAAAAAGUAUCAGAAUAAACAACUCCUUUUUUUUUAUUAUUAUUCAUCCAAAAAAAGGAUUUCUGCUUUUGAGCUCGCCGACGGUUUUCGUGAAUAUAGGCCAUUCCCAGCUUGUCACUAUUUUCUUUUGGCUCCGAGCUAAAUAAUCAUUCUGUUCAAAGCACGCGCGAUUUUUCUUUGUCUGUGAUUUUUAUUUGGCCUAAAAUUCCUGUUAUAAUAAAGGCGCAGAUUCAUAAACACUCCGCGCGCUUCGAACGGGAUGACCUAUAAAGAAAAAUUCAGUUUACUUGAGAAUUGCUUCUUUUUCAAAUUUAAACGAGUCUUCGUCUUUUUUCGUCUGUGAAUUAAAACUGAUAAAUCAGAGAAAAAAGUCUUCACAAAAUGAUUAUAUUUGAAAAAUUCUCUUUCAUUUUCCAAUAAUUCCUCGGCGAAUAAGUCCUUCUCAGACUUUGGCCGUGUGUGAUAAGCCGAGACCCGAUACUGAUGCGCAGUUCAGUUCUUUGGUCGACAGUCCACUGGAAUCUCCUCCGAAUAUUAGUGAGCAAGGGAAUGUAUCUGCUGUCGAAAACUGUUACGAAUACGGUUUGCUUUCUCAAAUUUCAAUCCCGAACUGAAGCUUUUUUUGAGACGAAGUUCUGAUUGCCGCAAGCUCCGUAAUCGGAUUCCUUCUUAUAAUAUGCAUCUUAAUGAUUUUUGUCAAUUUCGAUAUUUACAGAAGAUGUCAGUCUGCAAGAGGUAACUCUUCUUCAGGGGAUUCUUUGAAAAAUUUUGAAAACCCUUUUUUAAGCCGAUCACUGAAAGUUCACCAGAGGUCAAAGUUUGAGAAUGGUUAUUUUUCUUGAGAAAAAAAAAUUUUUAUUUAAAAAUCACGAAAAGUUUCAAAUAUUCUAAGCAUCAUUUUUAGGCUUCAGGUUUUAUUAGGCAUUUGUUUUAGGCCUAUUACUGGUCUGAAGGCGGACUUUUUAACAACUAUUAUCUCAAAAACUAGAAGUUCACGCAGUAAUAUACAAACUUUCACGAGUUGAAACUUGAAAGGUGAUAUGUGUGGAAUGGCAAAGGUGACGUGUUGCGUACGCGAUGCGGUUUUUAAAAAUUGUGGGAGGAAAUUAGAGAUCAAAAGCGAGCCACAAUUUAUUCUAGUUUUUUCGUUUCUCUUAUUUUAUACCGAUAAUAUAUCAUUUUUAAAGAUUUGAAAGAAAUUAAUUAAACCCGCCGAAAAGGCGAUUCGCGUUUACACAAUACGUCAUUUUCGCCAAUCCACCCUCCUGGCGUUUCAAAUCGGAAAGUAUUGAAUAUUACUGCUUCAAUUUCAUAGACCUUUAGUGAUUAUUUCAACACCUGAAAUUCGCUCAAAAUUGAGCUUCUUUCGAAAAAAUAAUGCGUUUACCUCCAUCUCACUUUCCUUUUUUUAACUGCGAACACGAUCAGAAAGAAUCUUUCUCCAGGCGGAUCCCGAAAAAGGGGCAAAAGGACCCGAACGAAUUGCGAGACGGUGCGGAAGAUCAGCGAAACUGCGCGAGAAAGUAAUGAAAAAGCCCCAAAUGCUUGA